AUGGAUGAAAUACUCGCAAUAACUGAUAGAGAACGAGUCAUUUUUGAAAAAUUUGACACUGAAAAUAUCGAAGAAGACUUAAUCUUAACCACCGAUAUUCGUUCAACUUAUCUUUCAAUUGCAAUAUAUCAUAUUAAAAAAGACAAUUCUGAUGAAAUAUUAGAUAAUAUAAAUAAAGCUGAAGAAGUAAUUAGUCGAUAUAAAGGUAAAGAUAAACUGAAAUUUGAAUAUGAUUCAUUUAUUCGAAUAGCAUUUAUUUAUGAAUUAAUAAAUACUUAUGAUCAAGCGAUAUUUUAUUAUGAAAAACUUCUUUCUUACAUAUCACAAAAUGAUUAUAAUGAAUUUGGAAAAACUUAUUAUUUCAUUGCACGAGUUUAUCAAGACAAAAAAGAUUAUUUAAUAUCUCUAUCAAAAUGUAAAAUAGCAUUAACAUUUUUACUCAAUUCAACUUGUCCUAAUCACGAACAAAUAGGAAAAUGUUAUGAUCUCUCAUCAUCAUGUUUUACCGAACUCUUCAAUUAUAAGUUUGCAUUUAUCUAUGCAGAAAAAGCCAACGAACAUUUCUCAUCAUGUGAUCCAAUUCAAUAUGAUUCCAUGUUAUUCUCAUAUACGAAUUGUACAAUAAUUCUUCUCAAGUCUAAACCAUAUAACUAUAAACAAUCAUUAGAAUAUAUUCUGACAUCAAGAAACUUUAUUCAACAUUGUUCAAAUGAAAAUUCAUUGCAAACUUUUCAUUUCCUAGUUGCUUCGAUUUAUUUUUCGAACAAAGAAUAUGAGAAUGCUAUUGUUUAUUAUCAGAAAUCCUUGGAAUAUUGUAAAGAAGUCAGUGAUAUUCUUCGUCGAUAUGAUCAAAUCUGGACAACUUAUCUCACCAUUGGAGAAAUUGAUAAAGCAUGUGAUAUAAUGAAACAAAGUAUUGAUUAUCAAAUGAAUUUGGAAUCAAUUGAUUAUCUAACCCUUUCAACUUCAUAUAUCAAUAUGGGUUCAAAUUAUGAACAAUUGGGAAAUUAUAAACUAGCUUUAUUAACUUAUCAAUCAGCGUAUGAAAUUCUUGACAAAUAUCAAAAUGAUAAAACACAUGAAAAUUAUUGUUACAUUUAUAUUUAUAUUACACGAAUUCAUUUAAGAUGUGGUCAACUAUUCGAUGCAUUGAGAUAUUCUUUAAAAAGUGAAUCAAUCGAUGUUUUGAACAAGAAGAAUGAACUCUCACCGAUAUCUAUUUUUAUAAAUUCUGGUUUAAUUCAAUGUAAACUUGGAAACUAUUAUAAAUCUUUGGAUUAUUUUGGAGAAGCAUGGGAAAUUCUAUUCGCGAAAGAUGUAAAUUCACCGACAUUAACUGGAAAAUUGUAUAAUUCUAUUGGUUAUGCUUAUUAUAAACUUGGUCAAACUGAUAUUGCGAUGGAAAAUUAUUUGAAAUGUUUAUCUAUGUUUGAAAAUUAUCUUCAACAUCCAAAUCUUGGUGAAAUUUAUAAAAAUAUUGGAUUAAUUUAUGAAGAAAAAGAAAAAAAUUAUUCGUUAGCUUUAUCUUAUUAUAAAAAAGCUUUGAAUACAGUUCCAAACAACAAACAUGUGAAUUAUAUUUUCUAUAAGAGUUUAAUAUUAACAUUGGAAAAGAGAAUCACUUGGAUGGAUUAUAUUUCAUAUUAUUUUUCUAAAACAUUCUGUUCUCUCUCAUAA